UGGCAAUGUCGCCAUGCUUUUCUCUUCCUUCUACACAACCAACAAACAAAAGAAACCAAUCCCAUUGUCUCUCACCAAUGCAAAAACACUCGGUCGGAAUCAUCUACACUCCGGCCACCGACACCCUGUUUAUUCAAUGUCGUCGUUUCAUAGUCAUGCCGAAGGACCUUCCACAUCGAGCACUGCCCCACCAUUGGCUAUAAUUAUAUCAGUAGUUUUGCUCGUUUUGUUCGCCUUUGCUUUUCUCACGGUAUGCUUCUGCAGGUGCUUCCUGCAAAGCCUUGUUAGAAUGUGGAGUCGACAGCAGAAUCCUCCUGGUGCUGUCGAUGCUGCUGCAGGUGCCGAUAUGAAUACCGGUCUAGACCCUGAACUAAUUGAAGCUUUCCCUACAUUCUAUUAUUCAACCGUCAAAGAGUUUCGUUGUGAAAAAUACGGUCUAGAAUGUGCUAUUUGCUUAGGAGAGUUCAACGAUGAUGAUAUGCUUCGACUUUUGACGAUUUGUUGCCAUGUUUUCCACAAAGAAUGUGUUGAUCUAUGGCUCGAGUCGCAUAAGACUUGUCCGUUUUGUCGUGGGGAACUAGACGAGCCAAGGCAGUCACUAGACAAGUCUCCAUUUGUUGUUCGUAGCAAUUCCAUGCAUGAAAUUGGAGCAAAUCAAAGUCCAUUACAAGAUUGUUUUUGUAUCGACAUUAGAGAAGAUAACAUCAGCGACACAGUUGGUGGGGGCGAAGACAAAGCACCAACUUCUUCAAAUACAAGACAACGGCAUCAUAGGAUCCCCAAAUUUUCGAGAUCGAAUUCAACCGGCCACUCCAUAUCUAGGACUAGAGAAGAGGAUAGAUAUACUUUGAGAUUGCCUGAACAUAUCAAAACAAAAAUUGUAAGGGGACACAAGAUGGCGAGAAGCUGUAUCGCAUUCGGCGAUUUUGCCAGCCCCUCCGAGUACAAGAAUCAACGUUUUCGUGAAACAUCAGACAUGUCGAGGAGACGAUAAAGUUUUAAGUUUAUAGGAUUUUCUUUUAUUCUUACAAAACCUCAUUUUUGACAUUAUCUUAGGAAGAUCUACGUAGUGUUUACUGCAACCAAAAUGUGACAACCUUUUCCAAUUCUUAUUGUUUUUUAGCCUGAACCAGAAAGAUCAAAAUUA